CAGGCUCAUCCUGACAUGACCCUCCAGCAUAACUAUGCCACCAGCCAUACUGCUCAUUCUGUGCGUGAUUUCCUGCAAGACAGGAAUGUCAGUGUUCUGCCAUGGCCAGCGAAGAACCCGGAUCUCAAUCCCAUUGAGCAAGUCUGGGACCUGUUGGAUUGGAGGGUGAGGGCUUGGGCCACACCCUCCAGUUCCACUCAGAUCUAGAAACUCUGGGCAAGAAUACCAUAGCAGCCUAUACCAGAGUUUCUUAAACUAUGAGUUGGGACCAAAAGUGGGCUCUGGGCAUGUGAGAGGGAUUUGUCAAAGAUGUCCAUGAUGAUGCACUCACUAUUGUCUUUGAGAACAAUUGGCAACCUGAGAGACAAGUUUACUUUAGUGAUGUGCGGAUGCCACCUCCAGCCGACGGUAUAAAGGACAUCGGGGAGGGAGAAGAGGUGGAGAUCUUCUCCCGGGCCAAUGAGCAGGAGCCAUGUGGCUGGUGGCUUGGCAAAGUGCGCAUGAUGAAGGGAGAUUUCUAUGUGAUCGAGUAUGCUGCCUGUGACGCCACGUACAAUGAAAUAGUCACCUUUGAACGUCUCCGGCCUGUGAAUGUCAACAAGGGGGUGUCAAAGAGCUCCUUCUUCAAAUGCACAGUCCCAGUUCCUAACGAUCUGAAAGCAGCGUGCGAAAGUGAACAAGCGCAUAAAGAUUUCAAGAAGGCAGUGGGAGCUUGUCGGAUUGUCUACUGUCCAGAAACAAGUAACUUGGUUGUACUGACUAUAAAUGAAGCCACAGUUAAGCGAGUGUCUUUGCUCAGUGACAUGCACCUGAGGAGCAUUCGCACUAAGCUCAUGCUCCUGUCCCGAAAUGAGGAGGCCACUAAACAACUGGAGACUACAAAGCAACUGGCAUCCGCUUUCCAAGAGGAGUUUACAGUCAGGGUGGACCAUAUGGGUCAUGCCAUUGGAAGCCAUGGCAGCAACAUUCAACAAGCCAGAAAAGUGCCUGGAAUCACUGCUGAGCUGGAUGAAGGGAGUGGGACGUUCAUAAUUUACGGAGAGAAUGAGAAGGCGGUUAAGAAGGCAAGGAAUUAUCUGGAGUUUCUCGAAGAUUCUGUUCAGAUCCCAAGGAACUUGGUCGGCAAGGUAAUUGGCAAGAACGGAAAAGUAAUUCAGGAGAUUAUUGACAAGUCUGGGGUGGUGAGAGUAAGAAUUGAUGGGGACAACACACAGCCACGUCAAGAAGAGGUAGAGCUACUGCGUAUGGAGAGACUGCAGAUAGAUGAGCAGCUGAAGCUGAUUGGGAUGGGCCAAAGGCCUUCAUCUAGCCACCCAGCAGACAAGGACAAGAGCUACACCAUGGACAACAGUGUGGCUGCUACCUCUCUGCACACCAGCCGUUCCUACACUGGCAGAGGCCGCGGACGCAGAGGCCCCAACUACACCACCGGCUAUGGCACAAACUCUGAGCAAUCCAAUGACUCUGAGACUGACUCAGAGCGGAAGGAUGAGCUGAGUGACUGGUCCCUGGCGGGAGAGGAACCAGAGAGGGAUACCCAGCCACAGAGUAACAGCAGGAGGAGAGCUGGUCAAGGGAGGGGGAGAGGGCCCAGUGGCAGGGGCCGAGGAGCAGGAAGAGGAGCCUCCAACACCGCUCUAAAGGAUCGUGAUGGCAACCCAUACAGUGUGCUUGACAACACCGAGACAGACCAGACGGUCGACUCCAACCUCAACACAAACCGCUGCCACCUCUCCCGCCGGACUGACGAGGACACAACAGCCAUUGAUGGCAUGAGCGAAUCGGACAAAGCUUCCCUCGGUGAGAAUGGCCUUGAUCCCGGGCUGAAUCACAAAGCAGAUAGAUAAACUGAAAAUUACAAUAAAAGAACUGGGGCAUGUUGAGUGUAUUGCAGAGCACAGCCUCUCCACAUCAGCAAAGACAGGCAAUGGCCCCAGCAAUGGAAGAGGUGACGAACUAGGCAGAGCUUCCACAGUCUGUUACCAAGGGAACAGUGACUAGCAGCCUGUCCUGAAGUGUCUCCUAAUCUACAGACCCAUUAAUUGUACUACAUUCGUACAAUAGUUAUUGUACAAGCUUGCCAAAGAUGGACAUAUGGACUUCCAGAUUCUCUACUGCACUUUUCAGUUCCCUAACCAUGGGACACAGAGGGGGAGAUUUAGCACUGAACCGAGACAUGACAAAAAGCAUGUUUCAAGUACAUUAUCAGAUGUUGUGCCUUGAGAAUAGAUUUAACCUAGUUGCCUGGCUGUAGUAAAGUUGUCAAUGAUGACAAAGGUGAGAAGAAUCUAGAUAUCCUAAUAUUUGUUGAGCUUUGGCUGAUUUGUAUGUUUUUACAUAUACAAUCACUUCAGACGAGGAAAACUAGGAAAUGCAGUCGAAGAGGAAAAAAGUUUCACUGAAUUGGAAUUUAUUUCCCAUAAGACAAAAAAGCUGGAAACUGGUCUGUCAAUGUUCUUGUCCCAUUUCGUUAUGCACCCACCAGAGGCUGGAAUGAUGGUGGCAGUAACUUGUCUCAAAGGAGCUUUAUUUUGUUUAUUUAAAGAUGUACACUAUUUAAAAAGCUGUUGACACUAAACUGGCGGAACGACCGUGUUUUAUGCAGGUGACAAUUUGGACUACAGAGGUCAAUUUCCAGAUUUGGUAAACUAUGUAUUUUUGAAUGAUCAUUCGGGUUGUUUGAUGUGCAAUAUUUUUUGUAUGCGAGUAGUUCUUAAAUAAAACCUGAACUUUCAUCUAGAUCCAAAA